AUGAUUACAGGGACAGUUUCCUCUUUGAAAUAUGACGUCAUCCCGGGAGAUUUCAAAAUGGCGGACGAGAUUUCUAAUGACGUUACUGAUGAUGAAGAUGAUGAUGAAGAAGAAGAUGAAGAAGAAGAUGACGACAAUGAAAAAAAAGAUAAUGAUGACAAUGAAGAAGAAGAUGAUGAAGAUGAUGAUGAAGAAGAAGAUGACGACAAUGAAGAAGAAGAUGAUGGUGACAAUGAAGAAGAAGAUGAUGAAGAUGAUGAUGAUGAAGAAGAUGACGACAAUGAAGAAGAAGAUGAUGGUGACAAUGAAGAAGAAGAUGAUGAAGAAGAUGAAGACGAUUGA